UGGAGCAAUAUUAAAACUUGUGUAAUUAUCAGCGUGGAGUAUUAAAUGGGAGUGAUGCAGUGACUCUAAUUUUCUAAAAAGUCAAAUAUUUCUUUUUCAUUUCUAGCUGCACUUUAUAAUUUGUUGGUGCUUCUGUUUCGAUUUCUUUUGGGUUUAUUGUUUUCCUUUUUGUUUGAGAUUGUACACAAAUUUUCUUAUAUUUCGUGAAAUGGGCAAUUCUUGAUUUUCUGGGAUGCUAUAAUUCUGGGCAGUUCUUGCUGAGGCAACUGUAAGAAAUCAAAGUUGUACAAUGUUGUCUGUACCCGAAGAUACAGAUACUGAUAGCACCAUAAGCUAUAGAUUUAGUAAACUGGAGAUUGAAAAUGAGCUUUCUGAUGGCUCUAGUGAUGAUGGUGGCGGCAGUCAUUGGCCUAGUCGAAAGCGUGAUUCAUUUGAUCAAGAUAUAGCUCAGCUAACGAAGCUUCAGUCGAGGCCAAACGAGCAUUUCAGCUGCGUUUCACCCGGGAAACGUGAGUGUCCUGUAUCGACUUUGAAGAUGCUGGCAGGUCGAGAAGCUAAUCUCUCGGGAAGAGGAAGGUUCUCGUUACCAGAUUGUCGUCAUGUUUUAAGUAGAUAUCUGCCGGUUAAUGGUCCUUGGAUUGUAGACCAGAUGUCUACAAGGGCUUAUGUGUCUCAGUUUUCUGCUGACGGUUCCCUGCUUAUCGCUGCUUUUCAGGGUAGUCAGAUUAGAAUAUAUGAUGUAGAAAGGGAAUGGAAAGUUCGGAAGAACAUUUUGGCCAGAAGCCUAAGGUGGACCAUCACUGAUACUUCCCUUUCUCCCGAUCAACGAUGCCUUGUCUACGCUAGCAUGUCACCCGUCAUCCAGAUUGUUGAUGCUGGAUCUUCUACGUCUGAAUCUCUUGCUAACAUCACCGAAGUCCACGACGGUUUGGAUCUCUCUUCUCGGGAUGAUGGGGGAUACUCUUUCGGAAUCUUUUCUCUGCAAUUCUCAACUGCUGGCCAAGAAGUUGUGGCUGGAAGCAGCAAUGGGCAUAUACACGUUUGUGACCUCAAAGCGAAAAAAGUCUCUCUUCGAAUACCUGCCCACAUGUCUGAUGUCAACAGUGUAUGUUUCGUUGACGAGAGUGGCCACCUCAUUUGUUCUGGCAGCGACGACAGCUUCUGCAAGGUCUGGGACAGACGUUGCUUUGCAGGAAGUGGCAAGCCAGCUGGGGUGCUAAUGGGCCAUCUCGAGGGGAUUACCUUCACUGAUAGUCGCAGAGAUGGACGUUAUUUGAUAUCCAACAGCAAAGAUCAAUCUAUCAAACUGUGGGAUCUAAGAAAAAUGUCUCCUAACUCUGUUUGCUAUCGAGGAUACAGGAACUACGAAUGGGAUUACAGAUGGAUGAACUACCCUCAACGAGCAAAGGAUUUCAAGCAUCCACACGAUCAAUCUGUAGCUACAUAUAAAGGCCAUUCAGUCCUGCGCACACUCAUCCGUUGUUACUUCUCACCACAAUACAGCACGGGGCAGAAGUACAUCUACACGGGAUCACACGAUUCCUGCAUCUACAUUUAUGAUUUGGUGAGUCGUGGACAGGUGAGUGGUGCGCAAGUGGCCAAGUUGCAACACCAUGGAUCUACAGUGAGGGAUUGUAGUUGGCACCCGACCUACCCGGUGUUGGUUAGCUCGUCGUGGGAUGGUGAAGUGGUGAAGUGGGAGUUCCCUGGAAAUGGAGAGUCAACAAUCAGCCACACCAAAUAAUAUGAUGAUGCAAAUUCAAUAAUUUGUUGUAUAUAGCAGAUUCAAAUCAUAAUACAGUAGUACUGAAAAUGAUACAAAGUAGUAAAACGAGUAAUUUCAUCA